GAGAGCGUACCAGAGAAACAAAGGACUAGACGACCGCAACAACAGAGUUACUAUACCAACAGACAUGCACAGCACACAGGUUGGGGAGGCUUUGGGCUCAGCCACCCACAGCACUCUCCUCUCUCCCUCAGUCGCCCCUCCAAUCCCCUCCCACGUCCUUAGGCUCCUCUCUCUCUCUUUCUCUCUCUCUCUCUCUCUCUCUCUCUCUCCCGGCUGCCGGCCAUGCGUGCGGCCUCCACACCUACUCAAUCACGCCGAACGCGACCCUGCAAGUUGCCUUUCUUCCUCAAUCGAGCCCUCGCGCGAAACCGUCCCUACGUUCUCCAUCUUCUAACAUUUACUUACUUGACUCACAUUACUACAUGAACAUUAGUUCCAUCUUAUGCUGACUACACUGUCAUCGCUAUUCUGUCUAUCUACCCCAGGUAAUCUUUCGUUACUUACCCUGCUCCUCUACCCUAUCACACUCCCCGCACCCGUCCUCAGGCAGACAUAUUUCCAACUACAAAUCUGAAAUUGCCACAGGGUCCGC